AACAUAGGGCCGCAUUAAACAGUGGAGGGGAGCAUUGCGUCGCGCGAGCGGCGGUCGCAUUGUUGUGUAUACAUACACGACACAUACACAAACAAACUCACAAAUAUACGCGCAUCAAUCGUUUGUGUAUUAUAUAGAGAAAUUUUUGAUGCGCGCGUGCCGCGUACUUUUUUGCGCUCGAACGCGAGCACAAAACACACCACCGCCGCCGCCGUAAACGCAAACGCACACGCACAAAGCAAAAGAAUAAGUAUGAAAAAAAAAUGAAGCAGCGACUACGGUCAACACGGUCAUUCUUCGAGUGCGCUAGCCGCCGGGACGAUUUUCAUCGUACUCUAAUAUGAAGAAAUCCUCAACCCUUGGAAAAAGAGCAGCAGUAGCGAGGACAGCAUCCUCCUCGUCGUCGCAGCAGCAGCAGCAGUGCAACAAUAAUCAACAGCAUCGUCGAGAUCGCCGGUGACGCGCGUUAGGAAGUUUUCGCUCUCCGCGCGCUCCGAUUAUAUAUACAUCGCGUGUGCAUCGUGCCAAAAAAAAGGACAAAAUUAUUUGGCGUUUCAUGAGAAGAAUUAAAAAAAAGAGUGGUACAGAUCUUAUCCGACUGGAAUCGUUCGAAGUUUUCGAAGAGUGCAUAAAAACACACACACACGCGCACAAAUAACGCCGCUAAAAUGAUGCAGACCCCCAACGUUUUCACAACUAUUCCUGGCAUGCCUGAACUAGGAAUGGUGUGGAUGAGUGACAUGAUGAUUCAAAAUGAUCCUUCACAAGAAUUAAUGAUCGAUCCACGUCAAACUGAAAAUUCUUAUUUUGCUACGGGUCAUUCUUUUGAAGACAUACGAAAUCAUCAGAUUCCACCAACAGCCAUGGUGAGAUAUUUAACUCCACAAUAUGCAAACACUUGUUCUGAGGCACAGGAGUCUAUGGAUGGGGCAGUCGUCCAAGAUAUACAACCAGAAUAUACUCAAGGCGACGCUGAAAUGAGUGAGUACUUGGGGCUUGACGAUUAUAUAGUUUGCGAAGAUCAAGAUCAAGAUCAAGAUCAGGAUCAAGAUCCUGAUCAAGAUCCAGACCUGGAGGAAGAUCAGGAUCCAGAUCAAGAGGUAAACAAUGCUGCUACACAAACCAAUGAUCCACGCAAUAAGAAAAUUAAGCCAAUAAAACACCCUGGUUUGGUAUUAAAAACUCCAAUAGCUUAUCAGCCACACACUGACAUGAAUUUCAUUCCAAUACGUAAAGAUGGAAUAGCGGUAUGUGAAAAAUGUGGUGCCAUUGGCGUUAAGCAUGCUUUCUACACAAAAGAAAGGAGGUUCUGCAGUCGUGCUUGUGCACGGUCAUCUGAUUCUUCAUUAUUUCAAGCUGAUUCUUCAAAUAGUUCUUCUUUUUCUUCUGAGCUUAAAGGAGAUAAAUCACAAAAUAAUACCACAAAAGAAGGAAAGGCAGCAUCAAAUGUUACCAUUAAAGAAGAAUUAACAAAUAAUAAAGAUUUUAAAAAUGAACAAUUAAAAUUGCAAAAAGAGCCCUUACUAGUACUUGAACACAUACCAGUAAGAAGAAAACGAAAACCAGAAAUGGCCACGUCCUACGACUGGACUCCGGAACUAUUAUCUUUUGGUUUCUGUGCAGCUCCAGUUUCGUGUUUCAGACAUGCUCCUAUAUCUGAUAUAUGGGAUGAUCUAUCAGUGGGAAUGAAAGUUGAAGUAGAAAACACUGACAGUGAUGAAAUUGGCGAAGAAUAUCCUACUUCAUUUUGGGUAGCAACAGUCCUUCGCAUUUCUGGCUAUCGAGCUUUAUUAAGAUAUGAGGGCUUUGGUGAUGAUGCAUCAAAAGACUUCUGGGUUUCUCUAUGUUCAAAUGACAUCCAUCCUGUUGGAUGGUGUGCUAGCAUUGGUAAAAUCUUAACUCCGCCCAAAACUAUAAAAGAUAAAUUCUGCGACUGGAAAAUGCUUUUAUUGCGACGUCUUUCGGGAGCACGAACAUUACCGACUCAUUUCUAUGCGAGAGUGAUUGCUAGUUCAGAAUCACGUUUUGUUUGUGGUACACAUCUUGAAGUCGUUGACAAAAAUUGUAUUUCCCAAGUUAAGGUAGCAACAGUUCAAAAAAUUGUUGGAAAAAGGUUACACGUUCGAUACUACGACUCACCCCCAGAAGAUAAUGGAUUCUGGUGUCACGAGGAUUCGUCUCUUAUACAUCCUGUUGGAUGGGCCAAACAAGUUGGUCACAACAUUGAUGCUUAUCCAGAAUACUUAGAGCGUGUCAACAGUGGGAAACUUAUACCGGAAGAUGCGACAAGUAAUUUAUUUGUUGUACCUGAAAAUGAACUCGUAAAAUCCAUUCCCCAAGGUUAUGCAUUUCGCGAGGGCAUGAAGAUUGAAGCAAUUGAUCCUCUAAAUUUAUCUGCAAUUUGUGCAGCUACCGUAAUGCGAGUUUUACGAGAUGGUUAUAUUAUGAUUCGCAUCGAUAGUUACCCGGCAGCGGAGAACGGUUCAGAUUGGUUUUGUUACCACUCUUGUUCUCCUUGUAUUUUUCCCGUUGGAUUUUGCGCUCAACAUGGUUUACCAUUGACACCGCCUAAAGAAUAUGAUAGUACAACGUUCGACUGGAGUACAUAUCUAGCCGAAACGAAUGCAGUGCCUGCGCCUAUGGUUCUAUUUGAAAGGAAAACUCUUCAACACGGUUUUGUUGAAGGAAUGAGGUUGGAAGCAGCUGAUCUAAUGGAUCCUCGAUUAGUUUGCGUUGCAACGGUCACAAGAAUAAUAGGAAGGUUACUUAAAAUUCAUUUCGAUGGAUGGGGGGAUGAAUAUGAUCAAUGGUUAGAUUGCCAAAGUCCUGACAUAUACCCUGUAGGUUGGUGUGAUUUUGUUGAGCACAAACUUGAAGGCCCACGGCAAUAUACAGGCAAAACUAUAAGCCCUAAUGCCGGAAAAUCACCGAGAAAUUUCAAACGUAAAUUUAAAAGAAAAUCACGUAGAAACAUGAAUCAGAAAGCUCCGCUGACAAGAUCAUUAAUGGCACGUCAAGCCGAAAUGUUACACCAACAACAGCAGCUGGAAACACAAGUGCCUAAGAAAAAGAAUAGUGAAAAUGGUCCAUCACAAGGUUCGAAAGUACAUCGUCAAAGAAGUGAUGUUAUUAGCAUACCUGAGCAAUCCUUGGGACCCGAGCCAGCAUUGGAACCCGCAGGACCGGAUCAGGCUUUACCAGCUCUCACGAGUGACCGAAGCAAAAUAUCAGAUUCCCCACUACAGUACAGCAUGUUGCGUCCGUCUGAUAAACUUCCCCAACAAAUUUUCAGUUGCGAUUCUCCGAAAAAAAGAAAAACUACCGUCACUACAAAGUCGUAUGAAAACGCACCAUCAAUGGAACAAGUGGAAACUGCAAAAAAUGGAAAAUAUAUUCCGAGAAUAGCAGACGGUAUCCCAAAAAAUUUAGAAACUGGAGAACUAGCACCUUUAGAAUGGAGUAUUUUUGACGUUUCCCAGUUCUUACAAGUUAAUGACUAUUCAGCUUAUUGUGAUAAUUUUAGCAAUCGUAAAGUUGACGGAAAAACGUUAUUAAAUCUUACGGAGGCCCAAGUAAUUGAAAUUACCGGUUACAAAGUUGGACCCUCAUUGAAAAUUUUUGAUCUCAUUCAACAAAUUAAAAAUAAACUAAAUCCUGCUCAAGAAAGAUCCAAAUUGGUUCAUAAAAAGUUGUUAUAACUAGUUCAUGAGUGCCGAAUUCGUAAUCAAGUUAACGCACCAAGUGAAGUUAAAAUGAUUAUAAUAGGAAAAACUUUUUAAACCAGAGAUGCAUCGAGUAGUUUUGUGCUUAUGGAUGUCAUGUCAAUUAAAGUGUAAAUAAUGGAUUUUCCAAAGUAAGAUGGACGAAAGUAAUUUUGAUGUAAGUGAAAUAUUGCCAUCAACUAUGACGUAACUCUUGUGCCUAACUAUAUAAGAAUUUAGAUUUUAUAAGAAGAGCCCUCCCAUCAUUUUACAAUUCUGUGUAUUUUUAUAAGUUUCGAGUUGUAGAAUUGUUAAUGCAAUGGCAAGCUUCAACACAUGGUAUUGAAUUUCAUCGGUUACUUUAGCAUAGAACUAAUUCUACUGCCUUAAACAAAAAUUAAUAUCAUCAAAAUCAAGGUUUUCCAGGAAAAUCUUAUCCGUUAAUUUUUUUUUUAGUAAAAUACUUAGAAAUAAAAUUAUAAUUUAUUGUACAUUUUUCGUUGCAACAGAUGCAAUGAAGUAUUUAAACCUAAAUUCGUUUUUAAUUGUAUUAUAAGCAUGAUACUUGUAUGUUAGAUAAUAUGAAAUUUUUUACAUUUUUUUACAUAAACCAACAUUUCUGUUGAUUAUACUUGAUAAAUAAAUAAAUUUUCAGCUAAACACGGAAAAUUGAAAUUUGCUGUCACAAAACGCUUUAAAAAGCUUCUUUGCAUUUAUAAGCAUUUAUAUUCUUUAAUUAAAAGACAAAAUAAUAGAUGGUAGCAUAUGUUUUCUAGAGACAACUCACGAUUUGGGUAUCAUGGUAACUUUCAUUGUAAAUACUUUUUAUACUUUGCAGUGACUUUUCACAUUAAAAAUUCGAUUUUCAAUUAAUGUUUCAUAACAGAAAGUUGUUGCCUUUAUCAUCAAGACCUACACUUUAUUUGUGCUUAAAAUUAGGUUACAGUCUCAAAACAAAACUGUAUUAUGAUGUUUUAACAUUCUUUCAUAACAUUAAGCAAAGUGGCUCUUGGAUUCUAUAGAAAAUCGAUUUAUUUCUUAGAUUUUAGACAUAUUGUGAUACUAUAUCAAUGCGUCUUGAGAAAGACUGCUGUCAAAGGAAAUUUACUGUGUAUUGAUAAAACGUAUGUAAAUUAUGUCUUACAUAAGAUAAAUUUUUAAAUUUGAACAAAUUCUGUAAAAAAAAUUCGAAUUAAAACAAAACUUUAUUGAGAAUGUCAGAAGUGCAAUACCGUGAAAUUUGCAUUUAAUGAAAUAAAAAUAUAAUCCUUAUAAAAUUAUACUUUUUUUGCGCGCGCAAAAAAGUACUCGAUCUAUAUUUAAAACAAUUUGUAUCACAAAUGACGAAUAUUCAUACAUCACCGAUAAAUGGGGCAUCGAUCAAGUGCCGGUUAUUUUGUUCCUCGUAUGUGGCCAUUUUGCAUCCAUUGUAUUUUUUAUAUUAAAAAUAAAAAAAAAUUAAUGUAACAUUCGUAUAAGAUUGAAAUAAUUUUUUUUUUAAAUUAAAGAAUGUAUUUUUGUAAAACUACUUAUACAAUCGUAAUAAAACCUAAUGUGCACAGUUAA